AUGUCUGAAAAUACUAAUUCGGGCCUUCUGCAUCGCCUGCGCAGAUGUGUGCUGGUCCGGCCCUUGUAUAUUUUCACGACGCGGCCGCAAAGGACCUGUUUACGCGGGACUAGUUUGUCUUCUCACAACACAGCAGGCCCGUUAGCCGUUCGCAAGAUCUAUUUAUCGCAGCUUCUUUCGUCGUCUCUACCCGCGACAUACACGCCGACGCUUCCCGCCUCUCUUCUGUUUCCGCCAUGCAGGCUGGGCGUCGCUGGACAAGAAUCGGAAGUGCACCAGAAACCCCCGUUCUCCUACAUCGCCCUCAUCGCUAUGGCCAUCAGGAACUGUCCGGAGCAGAAGAUCACCCUCGCAGGCAUCUACAGGUUCAUAAUGGACCGAUUCCCUUACUACAGACACAACAGACAAGGUUGGCAGAACAGCAUUCGCCACAACCUAAGCUUGAAUGAUUGCUUCAUUAAGGUCCCGCGCGAGAAAGGUCGUCCGGGCAAAGGCAGUUACUGGGCCCUCGAUCCAGCUUGCUCCGACAUGUUCGAGAACGGCAACUACAGGAGGAGGAAGAGACGCCCAAGACAGCCUCUUGCCCCGCCUCCGCCGAUGAAGGACGCCAGAGGACAGGGCAGGUCUUGCAAGCCGGGACAGAAGAAGGAGGAGUUGGGUCCCUUGGACGUUCCCGAAGAAGAUCCGAGAGUAACGCCAAAUCCCGCCGCCUUGAUGGAGAGUGGCGGGAAGUUGGAGAGCAAGACGGGCAGAGACGACAGGGUUAUGAAAUUCGACUUCCCUCUGGCCAUUCCUUUCGGUCACGAUAGAGGAUCUCCGGGCGAGGAACUAAGGCAAUACGAAUCCCUGAAGCCCUACCUGAAGCCGACUUCCAUCACCCAACAGUUUGUGGAAGAACCGUGGAGGGUUUCCGGCCAUAACUUCGCCAAGCCAAAGAAAUGACUCGGAAGACC